AUGGUCCGUCGCAAGAAACGCUCCUCUGCCCGCACCAAACCCGGCCCAUCCCUUGCACCCUCUCCCUCCGUCGAUCCCUCACCGCCCGAUGAGAAGAUGAACGUCAUCGAAGAUUUGGAGCGGGCCGUCGCCGCUGUCCACGGUGGGGGCCUUAGCGCAGCGCUGAAAAUCAUUAUCGACUCUCUUUCGCGCUACCCUGAGUCGGCGGCUCUUCACAGCACAAGAGGCGGCAUUCAUUUUCAGUUCGCUUCUCAAAGCCGCGACUCUACCGCCCAACUCCAACACCUCAGAAUGGCGCUAUUUGACGGCCGCCGAGCCCUCCAGCUAGCUCCGAAAUCCAUCUCCUUCGCGCGCUACCACGCCCUGACGCUCUUCGAGUUGGCCCAGAACGACGCCGCUGUGGGCUACGAUUUCGACGCCGUGAUCGAAGCAUGCGAGCGCGCGUUGCUGCUAGAUAAUCCUACGGACCCCGUGGAAGAUCUCUUGGGCGUUGGAGGGAUGUUGUACGUAGACAAUCCCAGCCCGGUCAAUAGAAUCGAAGAAGUGAAAAAGAAGCUCGUAAAGCUAAUGGAGGAAUCCAAGAAAAACAAGAAGAGUGUUCUUGGACAUGGGGACGCGGAGGACAAAUUCGAGCAGCUUGUAGACGAUAAAUCCCUCUCGGAGAUAAAGGACGAAAUUGAGUCUCUGCGACGUAGAAAGGAGGAGAUCAUAGAGCCGUGUCCGCAGAAUGCAUUGUACCCGCCGGAUGAUCGGCAGAGGCUCGAAGAGAAGAGAAAGUACAAGAAUCUCCAGAAAGUCGUGUCCAAAGUCGAUAUCAUAUCCCGAGCCAGGCCUUACUGGAACGACGCCAUGAAUUUCGAAGAUAAGAAAGAAUUGUUAAAAAUAGAAAUCGAAGAGCUCAAAGCGCAUUUCGAUAGGAAUAAGUUGGCCAUGGCAAAGGAGGUUUUGAUGGAAGCCAUAGAUUUCGCCAAGGCAUGGAAAUUUUGGAAGUUUUGGGAGUGUUGUUGCUGCGGAGACAGGUUUCUAGAUGGCCAAUCGAACGUGAACCAUAUCACGAACGCACAUUUGGAAAACACUCUGCCCGACGAUUUACGAUCCUUGGUGCCGGUAAUGGUUUCUGAAGCAAUUGCCGACGUGCUUGAUCAAGUCGAUGCCUGGAAGCCCGUGGAUUCCACUUCCGCGGCCGAGAUUAUGGAAAACAUGUCUUCUGAAGAUUUAAAGAGCGUCAAGUUGCCUUAUUGUGAUGAUAGUCGACGCAUGGCGAUCAUCAAUAGCAUUCGCGUGUGGUUGCGAUGGUUUAUAACAGGCAAAUUAUUUGCUACGAGCCUUCUUAGGAUGUUGCAGAAAUUGACAAUCUCAACGCUGAAAGUUAAAAUCCAGAAACCGGUACUUAAGGAUUAUACGGUGCACCAGCCGCUACUCUUGAUAUGCUUUUUGGAAGUUCCGGAGCUUAAUUCACUUCUUGAAUGCUUGCAAAAUCUGGCUAGAAGUUGCGGAUUACGUUCUGAAUGUGAGACUACUGUGAAAGCUGGUCAUGGGUUUUCCGAAAGGAUUGUUUUCAGCUCUGACUUCUCAUGUCUCCUUUUCGAUGAGCGAUGCUUGCGAGGAGAGAUUGGUGAGCCUGAUGAUGGGAGCGCAGUGACUUCUCAUGGUGAUAAUGACGAAGCAGAGGAGGUGAUAAUUACUCAUGGUGAUGAUUUUAUUUAUUGGUUAUGGAAUGGAGGUCGUACAAUUGGGGAGCAGCUAAAGGAAUGGACAAGUACGAGAGAAGCUAGCAAAAGUCAAGGAAUGAUGUUCUUCAAGAUCCUUAAAAGGGAAUAUGACAUCCUGCAACACAUGUGUAACAGAAAAUGGGAGAUUCUGAGAUACGAGAAACCGCUGCUGAAUCUUAAGAAUAUAUAUCUUGAAGAAAAUGAGAAAAGGGAAGAGAUUUCAGGGUACGAGCCACAAAGUUAUCGCUCCCUCUUGUUGAACCGGCAGAGAGAGCUUGAGAUGGAGAGUGAUUCUGUGACGGACAGCAGUAGCUUUGAGUUGCAUAUGUUAUUGAGUAUUCUGAAGGAAGCACACAUAGACACUGACAUAAAAGAGAAGAUCAAGAAGAAGAGACAUCGGAUGGAUCUAGAGCUUUACACUGUUGAUGCUAUAAUCAUGACAAAUGAUGCUGCCGUGCGGCAAACAGGGUUGAAACUUGAGAUAGUAACUGUUCGUGACUAUCGAUCUAUGAUGGUGCCCCUGUUGAAGUCACUUAUGCAGGCACGCCUGCAGGAACAGGUUGACAAAGAUGCUUCUGAGAAGUCCAAGGCUGCAACAGAAGCUUUGUUGGCAGAGCUUGCUCUUGAUGCCGAGAAGAACACUAAGAAAGGAGGUUUUAAUCUAGGACUAGGGCAAGGACAAGGAAAGUCAAAGGGUAAAAAGAAGAAACAAUAUUACAAAAAGGCCAAGGAUUCGAAGGCAACCGGUGGUGGUAAGGAGCAGCGUCCGCCUCAUCCGGAAAAUGUGGAACAAGCUUACUUUUCUGCCGCACACGGUGGAAAUGAUCCAAAUCCUGAGAUCGGUGUUCCUGUAAGCACUGACGAAUUGAAGCAACGGGAAGAGGAACUUGGGCUUGAGGCAGAUGCAAGAAUGCUUGAUGAGGUGUUAGAGUUCCAGAGGAAAAUAGAGAAUGAGGCUAAACAAAAUCGCCUGGCUGAGCAAAAUAGGAGUACAUGUGAAACCUCUGAAGCUAGUGAAGAUGUUGGUUCAAGUGAGCAACAAGCUUGCUUUUCUGCCGGGCAUGGAGGAAAUUAUCCUAAUCUUGAGAUUGGUGUUCUUGUAAGCACUGGUGAAUUGAAGCAACGGGAAGAAGAACUUAGUAGUUGGGAGACGGAGCUUGAUGAGGAGUUGGAAAGAAAGGCUGAUGAGGCAUUGCAACGUUCUUUUCAGAUGGUGGAUGAGGCUAAACAAAGGUUCCUUUCAGAGCAAAAUGUUGGUUCAAGUGUGCCUGCUCUUUCCUUUGAAGGUGGCGAAGAUGUUGGCUCAUGUGAGCAGCAGAAGCAGCAACCAAGGAAAUGUGGACCAAUAUCCUUGCAUCUGACAGAAGCUGAGCCUGUUGUCUCCUCUGAAGUUGGUGAAGAUGUUGGUUCAAGCGAGCAACAACAACAAAGACAAUCUGAACCAAUACCCUUGAAUGUAGCAGAGGAUGUGCCUACUGUCUCCUCUGAAGGUGGCAAAGAUCAUGAUUUAAGUGAGGACCAGCACCAGCAACAACAAAAACAAUCUGGACCAAUACCAUUGAAUGUGGUAGAGGGUGUGCCUGCUGUUUCCUCAGAAGCUGCUAAUCUUACUGUAAGUCUGUUACUGUAA